AUGGGUUUACUGCAACCCGUACCCCAAACCAGGCAAAACCCAAAGUUGCCCUCUUACCAACCCGGUGCUCGAUGUGCCUACCAUUCGGGAGCGGAAGGGCAUGACACUGAAGACUGUUGGACUCUCAAAAGGGAAAUCGAAAACUUAAUAGAGCAAAAAAGGGUGGUAUUGAAAGAUGAUGAAAUCCCCAGUGUGACCAACAACCCAUUGCAGGCCCACAACGACGGGCCAGUUAUUGGCAUGAUUUGUGAAGAUAAGGAGUUUGACUCGGCCCUGAAAGCCAUCAUUUCCAUCAUCGAUGUUGAAAAGAAGCUGAGGGCGGUUGCAAAGCAAGGAAAGGGAGAGAAAAAGAGUAACUCCACCCCUCAAAGUGCAAAAAAGAAUGUGGAAACCAAAACUGGGGCAGUCCCCCCAAAAGAUGCCAUUCUUUAUGUUCUCCGGGGUCACAGGAAAGAACAAACAACAUUGAGCCCUCCAAAAAGGUUCGAGCUGAACAGGGGACCUAAAAUGUACAUGCCUAAAGGGACCUAUGUGAAACCCAUGACAGACCCCACUGCCGUCCCAUGGAAUUACAAGAGAGCGGUAGUGACAUACAAGGGAAAAGAGGUCUUAGGGGGAGCAAAUGAAACUAGCCCAGCUGAGAAAUACAUUAACUUGGAGGAUUUGAAAAACGCCAGGAAGAAGCGGUUCCCACUAAAGAAGCCUGUUAGUGUUGAGGAGGCCGAAGAAUUCUUCUAUAAAAUGAAAACUGCAGACUACGAGGUUAUAGACCAACUCCGGAAGUCUCCUUCACAGGUCUCACUCCUAUCCCUACUGGUGAGCUCAACCGAGCAUCAGAAAGUGUUGAUAAAGACCCUCAAUGAGGCUUAUGUUCCGAUUGAAACCACUGUUGAACAACUAGAGAGGAUGGCAGAAAGAUUUUUCGCAAUCAACCAUAUCUCGUUUAGCAAGAAUGAUUUGCCUCCUGAAGGGGCUGCCCACAACAAAGCCCUUCAUCUAACAGUUAAAUGUGAGGGGUUCUAUGUGAAAAGGGUCAUGCUGGAUGGCGGAUCCGGAGUUGAUAUCUGUCCUCUCUCAACUUUGCAAAGAAUGGAGAUUGAAACGGAGAGAAUCAGGCCUAACAAUGUCUGCGUGCGUGCUUUUGAUUGCAUCAAGAGAGACACCAUAGGCGGGAUCGAUCUGAUUUUGACUAUUGGUCCUGUGGAUUUCGAGGUGACAUUGUAG